AACCCGUGGCCACGUGACGGGGGGCGCACAGCAGUUACGUUGGUGCGCGUUGCAGCUAACUGACACAGCCGUGAAUCUGCACUAACCCUGUGAAUAAGCAGCAGCAGUAGCGGCUCAGCACGGGGCUCUAUAAAGUACUACGAGCUUGUUUGCCGAACAGGAGCGUCUUCGGCCGCCUCAGAGGCUCUUCAGUAGCGCGGGUUUCCUCUGGGAGAAUGGAGGCGUAUUUACGGAGCUGCCGUGACGCGCUGCAGGGGCACAUGAAAAACAGCUCUGGAUCGCUGCAUCUGGUGCUGGGGAAUGAGGCGUGUGAUAUGGACUCCAUGGUAUCAGCCCUCACCUUUGCCUAUUUUCUGUCAAAGACGCUGGACUCUGGGAAAGCAGCAGUGCCUGUGCUGAACAUCCCACGAGCGGAGUUCUCCCUGCGCUCUGACAACAUAUUCCUGCUGAGAGAGACUGGCUUAUCCCAGGACUACCUGCUGUUCAGGGACGAGGUGGAUUUCAAUGGUCUGCAACAGCUGGCCAUUACAUUAGUGGACCACAAUGUUUUACCUCAAGCUGAUGGUGCGUUAGAGAAAUACGUUGUGGAGGUCAUUGACCAUCAUCGUCUAGAGAGAGCGCCUUCUCCCAGUUGUCCUGUGACUGUGGAGACCGUGGGAUCCUGUGCCACUCUGGUGACAGAACGUAUUGUCCAGAAGGCACCUGAGCUGUUGGACCAACAGGUGGCACAGCUCUUAUACGGCACUAUUAUCACAGACUGUGUGAAUAUGGCACCUGAGGCCGGAAAAGUCACCCCUAAGGACAGCCAAUAUGCCAUUCUGCUUGAGACGCGCUUCCCUAAGCUCCCUCCUAGGAACAUCCUCUUCCAGUCUCUGCAGAAUGCGAAGUUUGAUGUGUCAGGCCUCAACACAGAGCAGAUGUUGUUAAAGGACAUGAAAGCUGUCUCCGGGGGAGAUCUGAAACUGGCUGUCAGUGUUAUCUACAUGACACUUGAGUCUUUCCUACAGAGACAGCGUCUACAGCAGGAGCUUUGUGAGUUCUGUCACAAGUACAGUUACAACCUGGUGGUGGCCAUGACCAUCUCGUUCAUCGACAAUAAGGAGCCCUUCCGGCAGCUUGCGGUUUACAGUUCCAGCACACUCUACAGAGAUGAGGUAAGCAAAGCACUGGAAAAAGCCAAGAACCCCAAUCUGGAGCUCAGUCCAACGAGCAGUCCCUAUUCAGACGUGAAAGCCUUUGUUCAGGGUAACACGCUGGCUUCUCGCAAGAAGGUAUUACCCAUUAUUUCAGACUUUCUUAAAGACAGGGAGAGGAAAAUGGCCCAACGUGGCAACCUGGACGACCUGGAGCUGGAAGACGAGUGCGCACAGGAUCAGAGUGACUCUCAGCAGUGCUGUGAGUACGCUGCCAUAGAGGAAGACUCUGGGGUCCCUCCAACCCCCAUGAACAGCCUGGUCGAGGGCUGUCCUUUAGACAACGGCCUUCCAAAGAUCAGUGCAGAGGCGUUAGUGGAAAAGGUCAGCAAGAUCGCCUGUGAAGAAGACAGACCCUUUGAAGGACAAUGAUACAGGACCGAGUCUGUUGCUGAUCCCCACAGCUUCUGAAGAUGUUAGCCUUUGGAGAAAACCUUCUCGUACAAGGUGCACUGCUUAUACACGGAAUCACAGGGCACAAAACAAAACAAGGGCAAGAAAGGUCUGGAAACCUGACAGAGGUUCUUCUGCUGGUACAUGAGAAUGAAACAUUUGGACCGAUUUACUGCUUACGUACCUUACUGAAUGCUUUCAGGCUUAUUUAUAUUACAGUGUUUCUGUAAUAAGACGUAGAACUUUUAUUUGUAUUAUUUUUUAGCCUGCUUGAUUAUGCCAUGGACUCUCUACCAUCUGCAAGUUGAUAAAGCAGCCUUUGCUCAGGUCUUCUGACUCAUUAUUAAGAAAUUAUUAAUAGAAAUUGUUGAUUGCAGCAAAAUAUGAGGAAGUUAGAGGUGGAAAUAUGAUGACAAGACAGGUGAUUGUCUGGUUCAUUGCACCUAUUUUUUGUUAAAUUUUUCCUUUGAAAAAAUAUUAGUAAACACAAAUAAAAAAAAUGCAGGGACAUCUGACAUGAGCAUUGAGGGCUGCUAUUGAGGCAUGCAGCCACAGUGCACCAAGCAGAGAAAUGACCCUGCUGAAUUACAGUUUAUGUUGCGGGCCAUUUACAAACGACCUCAUUUACAGAUUUUUUUUUCUUUUAGGACUGAUUUACAAUUUUUUCACAAACUAUGUAGCAGUAUUAAUGCCAGAGUUGCCAUUACUCAUUUUGCAGCUGUUUUUAAAUAUUGAUAUUUUUCCAGCAGGCUCAGAGGGAAAUGCAGAACAGCCUGUGGUAAAUUUAAGUUAAACAGCGGACCGAAGGUUGACUGCUGGAUUUAUCGGUCUUAAUAAUUUAAGGCUAUAGAUAGUGUAGCUUUUCAUUAAAAUCUGCAUUCAAUAACUGUUAAGCAUUCAUGUUUCUUGCCACAUAUUAUGUAUCAGUGCCAUUCACUAGUUUGGAUCAUUACUAAAGGUAGUAAUAUAUUGAUUCCAUCCCUAAAACCUUAAAUGUUAGUCUCUAAUGUAAAGGUGCUACAAAAGAUUUGUUAAGUGAUGCUACAGAAGAACCAUUUUUAUCUCAGCUGAAUCACAUUUGUAAAAGAGAUGUGGGUUUAAAGAACCUAUUUUCAUGUAUCUAGCCAAUUUUUAAAGUUAUUUUUUCCUUCCAUUUUUGAAAAAUCUAACAUUUUUGCUCCAUACAGAUCUAGCAUCAUACCUUUACAGAGAAAGACAUCAACACAAAGAAAAAAAGAAAUGCAGGAGAUUAAUCUUAAAUUACACGCUAAUCCCUAGGCAGUGCCAUGCAAGCAAUGACAUUGCGAAUUAUAAACCUAAACAGAGCAUUGUGUACAUAAAUUAAUGAAUGACAUUAUACAUUUAUAUCAUGCUUUUCUACAACCCAAGCAAACUUUACAAUCAACACUCAUACAAUCCUUUAAAAAAAACACACCCAAAAGCAGCAGCCAAUCAAACACAGCAUACUCUCAACCGAAAACAAUCACACAGACCCAGCACAGAGUGGCUGUUUGUUUGCAUGUGUAAAUAAUUGUGUAAAUGUCUGUAUCCCCAGAUACAAUCACUCAUUCACACACCAGGACAAUUUAGAUGAAUUAAUUAUUCCUAGACUGUAAACCGGGAUCUCUGAUAGGAACCCAUGCAGACUUGCAACUCGAACCCUGACUUAAAGCCUGUGUUAGAACAUUACUUACAUGUAUUUGUGUGUUAAAACCUGAAAUGCGAUGUGUGUAUACACUGCAGUUUUAUGACUUGUAGUUCACUAUAUAUCAUAGGUAAGGAAAUAUUUAAUAUUCAUUCAGAAAAGAUCCUUUUGCCCCAUCUGUACAGUAAUUCUAAAGACAAAGUUUUCAAAAAAAUCUCCCAGAAAGCUCUAUUAUUAGAACGCUUCACUCACAGAUCUUUAUAAAACCAACAGUGGCUUUUCUGUGGCAUUUAUUUAAGAAUGUUUUGUAGCACUUAUUUUUAGACUUUGAAUUACAGAACUUUUAUUUCAGUCUUCCCUAAUGAAAAAACUAUUACCAAGUUAUUGCAUUUAUUAUGCAUUUAAAAAGCAUUGAUUUGUAGCCACGCGCUUGUGUGGAAGACACAAACAUCAAUUAUGAGAAUCACAUGCAUUCUCAAGGUUGGAAAGAGAUUUUACCUUCAAAUACCAAAGAGUACUAAUGCAAGCUUCAGAGCUUCAGCCUCUGUGUGACAGGGCUUUUUGCAGAAGGGCAUGUGCUAAAGCUGACUUCUUCAUAGCUUUAUUAUUGUUUUAUUUUUUUUGUGUGUUAAACAUAUUUGCUACACCAAGGAUGAUUCUUGUUUGCUACCACUUGAAUGAAAUCAAAUCAAAGUAUUUUUUUGUUGUUGUUUUUGUUUUGAACCAACAUAAAUUGAUUAAGAAGUAUUAUUUCUAGCAUGCCAAGGUAUCUGUUCUGUUCUAAUUUAAAUGCAGUCCUGUUGUUGAUUGUAUAGAGUAGUUCUAGGUGAAUACAGUGGUGUUGGUGAAGUCUCUUAUUGUGGUACUGGCAACUCUUGGACAAAACCCAUUGCUUGAAUUUCUAAUUUAAUGGAAGAGGUAUCGAUCAUGUUCACCAUUUAAUGAAUGGUGUGAAGUGUUUUAGUAAUGUACAUCUUGCAGUUUUACAGAAAUGUGUUAAUAUGUCAGAACAAUAGACUGUUCCCCUGCCAGCACUUUGCCAUUAAAACGAUUUAGAAAAAACUCCACAGGUGUAGUUAAAAUUACAUUCCAUUUUGGUCAAGUGUCAAAGACGACUUUAUGUAGUGGUUAAAAAUAUUUUAUUGGGAGGACAUAUUUUCUAAAGAACAGCUCUGAUAGUUUUUCCACAUCUUUUUUAACAACAUAGUGCUGGGAGGGGGUAUAUAUUGUAGUAUCACACGGUGGGGUAGAGUAACAAGGCUAAGUCGUAUUCCCAUUUAGCAAAUUUACAACAGGAAGAAAGCAUGAGACAUUCACCAACAAGCAGUGGUUCUUUCUUUAAAUAGUAGCCUACUGGCAGAGCUCUUAUUCACCUUCCACCCCAACAUCAUGAGGGUAUGCAAUGUGCCACCAGUGGGAGCGCCACAACUAAACUGUUUCAAGAUAAAAGGGCAGCUGCUUUCCUAUUGAACUCCUAAGACCCACCACCUGACCCUUAUACACUGUGCCGCAAUAAUAUAUAUAUACAGUCUAUGUUUGAAACUUGUUAUUUUUCCCGCAGAUGUGGAGGUAAAUCUAGUUGUUAACAGUAAUUUGUUCACAUGAUGUGUAUCAUAAAUCACUGAGAGUUAUCUAUUUGACAUUUUUAUAAAGGUCCUAAGGAUGUUGUGGAGCUACAAUAUGCCUGUAUGUGUUUAAUUAGUGAAGGUGUUUGCCUGUAAUGUAUCUGUUAGUAAUAUGUAGGAAUAUAGUUUUAGAGUUCAGACAUCAGAUGUCUGACAAGACACUGUAGUGUAAAGUAUAAAAUGCUUUUAGACAAUAUCUGACCAGAUUUAAAAUGCAUUAAAUGAUUCGUAUACAGUGUUGUUUAACUGAAGCUGGACAAUCAGGAGCACAAUCUUGUUAUUGUUUGUGCUCCAUGUUGAUUUUUAAAUUGAAAUCUCCCUUAAAACUUUGUAAUGUGGCUUAUUUGUUACAAAUAAAAAAAAAAUGACUUU